AUGGACGGAGAGUGGAAAGCGGCUCUCCGGCUUCAAAUUGAAGCUUUGGCCAAGAGAAACGAGCUGCACAAGCGUUGCAAUAGAAAUUCAGUCAAAGAAAGAACCGAGGUUAAUAAAUUAGUUUUUGAAAGCUAUUUUCUUUCACAUCUCUUCAAAACAAAUCAUUGGUUUUAGAAAAUGGGCUUCAAAAUAAUCCAGUUGCGAGAAAUGGUGGCCAAAAACGCAAGCGAAGCAGCACAGUAUUACCUCGAGUGCGUAUGUCACGCCGACGAAACAGAAAGAAUCCUCAAUAGGUUUUCCUCUUAAGAAGAGACUAAAAAACAAGUUCAUCAGAACUUCAUCUCGUGAUUUGAAGCGGAGCAAAAAAGUGAAAAAAGUCUCUCAUCAAACAAUCGUCGAGCCCUCGCCGCUGUCAUCCGACGUCCCAACGGUACUUUUGCCACAUUAUUGCUUAUUUAUAGGGUUUAACAGUCGAUGUUUCUUUUGCCUCGCUCCGCCUCUUUUAUCACUAAUUUUUAUUCUAUAGGAAGCAAUAUAGUGAAUAUCAGUUAACCGGAGCUUCAUCCUUAUGUGUGUUUGUUUCAUUGCAGCUGAUAGAAUAUUUGCGAUUUUUGGAACCAUGCAAAAACUCAUUUAUACAAAUCUUCUGUCAAACUUCGAAACACAUCGCAGAUCUGGCCGAUGGCAAGUCCCUUUCCCGGGUCGACAGAAAGGACGAUGCCAGAAACAGUCGUCGCCUUUCACGACACGGAGCCGCAAAGGCCGCGCUGGUGGGAACACUUCCACAUCAACCGCCGCGACGACGACUACUCCCACGGCAGAAACGAGCGUCGGGAACUCUGGAAGACCCAGGUGCUCCUUUUUCUAUCUUUCUUGAGUAUCCUUCUGCCAGAAAGACUUCUUCCUGUCCUGUCUCGGGUUCAUGGUUGGCGUCGGCCACACGAUGCGAUUCCCAGCCAAGGUCUACCAACAUGGCGGCGGUAGAACUUCUCAUUCAAUCUCUGAGGGAAAUACCUGUUUAGGAGUCUUCUUUAUACCUUACCUGUUUUCUCUGGUUUUCUUCGGGUUGCCACUAGUCUUUCUACACCUCUCCAUUGGCCAGUACUCUGGCCAAUCCGCCAACAAAGCCUUCCAGAAAAUUAUGCCUCUCGCGUCGGGAGUCGGAUGGGCUUUGGUAGUGAUAGCGAUGCCUGUUGCGGUCUACUACAACAUGCUUGUCGCCUGGGCCGUCUACUACUUCUUCCACUCCAUCAAAGGGUUCUUCCUAGGAACAUCACUUCCCUGGGAAUACUGCAAAGAAGGUUUCGUUUUCUAAAUGAAGAUAAAAAUUAGUAGUUCAGAUUGGCAGUUGGACAGCAACUGUUGCAACCUUCAUGAGCUACGGACUUGCUUCAACGGAAAUCACUCGAUUACGGCCCCGGAAGCGUUUUUCCAGUGACUUUUCUAGUUUUCCUCUGUUGCCUCUACCGCACUGUUCAGCUCAGAAGUUUUGUCGCUCUCCACAUUCGGAGAUUUCUCCCUGGGACCUCUGCAGCCACAUCUUGUCCUUUCUCUAGCAACAGCAUGGCUUCUCAUUUUUUUCGGUGUCUUCAAAGGAAUAGGAUCGAUUGGCUCGACAAUGAAUAUAACGGCCACCGUACCUUAUUUAUUGGUAAGUCGGUCUUUCAAAAUAACUUCAAUCAUAAAUUGCAAGCUCUCCAUUCUGCUUCUGCGUGGGAUUAGUCUUCCGGGGGCCAACAAAGGCCUUUCUUUUUUGUUCACUGUUGAUAGCAAUAAACUAUGGUCUUGGACGGUGAGACUUUCGAGGUUUAUGAAAAAUAAGAUUUGAAGAUCUGGAAAUCUGCGGCGGAGCAAGUCUUCUACGAAUUGGGAAUCGACGCUGGGCCUUUGGUCUCGAUGGCGGCCUUCUCUCGCUUUCGAAACAACAUCUAUCGGGACGCCGCACUGCUUGUUCUCAUGUUGGUAGAUGAUCAAGAAAAAUCUCCAAUGUCUACUUGAAGGGACGCCAUAACCUCCACGUUAGCCGGAAUGGUCAUUUUCUCGUUUGUAGGCUUUCUGGCCACCGUGUCUUCCUCAAAUGUCAACGACGUGCUUCGUGAGUUCGUUCAAAGUCUUUUCUGAGCGAUGAAAGACUGCAGAACACGACCCACUGUAUCUUUCUUUCACCGUGUACCCAGGAGUGACGUCGUUCAUGUACUGGGGGGCACUUUGGGCGACGCUCUUCUUCGGAAUGCUCGUGCUCGCGGCCAUCGACGCCGAGUUUGCAUGUUGAGUCCUUCGAGACGACGGCUCUGAAGACGUCGCAGUUUCAGGCUGGAGAUGAUCGCGUCGGCCAUCAUGAACCACUAUUCUACCAAGAACAAAGCCUUUGAGAACCGCUUGCUCGCUUUUCUGUGUCUCAUGGGGUUUCUUUGUGGACUGCCUUUAUGCGCGCAGGUUUGAGUUUUUCGAUAGUUGAGAUUUAUGUAGGCAUCAGGAAAAAGUAUUCUUUCUUUUUCUGCAGUCUUCCAGGGCCUCGCAACAGUACAAAUCAUUUUUUAGACAUUGCAAAAUUGAUUAUCUUCAAACGGAAUCGGCUUAUCAGGCUAAUUUUUUGUGCUUAUAAAUAAAUGUUGCUUACAAUGAAUAAUAAACCUUUCAAGAAUCUACUUUUCCAGGGAGGCAUCUUCAUUUUCCACGCGAUCGAAAAUCUCAACGCCAACUGGAAUUCCUUCUCUCUUGCUCUUUUGACAGUACUCAUCAUCAGCUACUUCUAUGGUUAAUCUCUCUCGUUUUAUUUUUGAUUUGUUAUCACGCCGUUAAGGCAUCGACCGGUAUCUCAGAGAAGUGUCAGUUAUGUUGCGAGUCCGCGAACUGAGCUUCUCAAACGCUAUCAGGUUGAAGGUUGGGAACAAAACGAGUAACUUCAGUGUCCAACUUUUGAGGACAAGUUGAUGGCUUUGUUUGGUCCGAACGGCUUUUACAUUCGUUAUUCGCUGUGUUUUGUUUGCCCCAUCGUUCUAUCGGUUCAAAGAAAGUUACAUGCGAAAAAUAAGAUUUUUUGCAGCUUCUGUUGAUGUCGAGUGCCCUGGGCUACCAGCGGAUUUCCUUUGCUUCUAGAACCAUUCCGAUCGAGUACGAAGUGGUCGCCUGGUGCGUCAUGGUCGGUCCCCUCCUCGUGAUCCCCUUGGUGGCCGUCGGUCAGAUCGUCAGGACUCGUAGGGAAGGAAAAGUGGGUCUAUUCCGUUUUCCUUCCUUUGUCAAACUAUUUCUUUGAAAAAUCUAACAUUUACAAGCUUAUUUUUUUAUUUGAAUCGGAAAAAAAGUUUCCAGACACUGAAGUCAUUGGUCGACACUUCGGACUGGUGUCAUGAGGAAAACUCUGGAGAGGAGACUGUCGAUGUACAAAGACCUCCUCAGAGACGGUAGUUCUCAUUGAUUUUGGGUUACUGGAACAUUAAAAAUUAUUUUAUGUAUGGAAAAAAAACGUUUGUCUUUCACUGCGUUUUUCAAAGUUCUCCCAACUCGAUUUUUCUGUUUUAAAAAUGCUUGAAAAUGGAUUUUCAGACAGACUGGAGGCUUUUCUCGCCGCGAACACACUUACAUGGUGAGCAGGGCUUUUUGGACGGAUCCAGUUUAUUCUGCAGUACAUCGAUUCCCGAGGUCCGACCUUCCGGUCUCGUGUUUUUCCAGUCCAAUCAGAUGCCGAAGCGGACCAGUACGGCUGGAGAAGUGGGAGGAUACGCGAAUGGCGGGUCAGCUGGAACUUAUAUUUCUACAUUUGAAAAUCUUCUAAUUCCGCUACGAUUGCUAACAUUCUAGCCUGCCUGCAGCCUCUUUCUCCUCACCGAUGUGUUCAUGGGGUAAUCAGAAAACGACUAAAGAAAAGAGAGCUCAGACACGUCAGACCGUUAACAUUUUUGCUCUGAAAAAUAUUUUUCUAAGUUUGAGACUUUUUUUUUGAAUUUUUAAAAGAAAAAAGGCUCACCGGAUGCAGGCCCCCAGUGAAACCUGCCACUUCGAACAGUACUUUCAAGAGCUAUUCAACUGAAGAAAAGAAUUUUUGAAAAAUAUAUGAACAUCGAACAAACGAAAAGUUCUAGCCAUCCACAUCUACAACUUCGCCUGUCAGUUCAAAAAACUCUUUCUCUCAUUCUGGUAAAGAGGUUUGUCUUUUCUGUACUUUUUUCAAGUCUCAAGGAUCAGUAGAAGAUUUUUCUUGAGAAUUAAAAAUAAAGCUGUUGAAUUAGAUUUUCAAAAGAGUUCGUGAAAAAAACUUCCGAAGAUGGACCAACGAAAUUGAGAUUUUUUUAAAAUGUAUAACUUUUUCGUCAAACCUCUAUCUAAGUAUUAAUAAUUGACUAAAAGUUUUUCCGAGGUUUUCGUUUUGGAAAUAAACGCCAAAUACAGCCAGGAUCUUCCUCGGCGGGAUUCGCCUUAUUCGGAUCUCCUCCAGUCAAUCCGUUCAUGCUCUCCGAUGCCCCAACUAUCAAGUCGUCACCACUUGUGAAAUUCUUCGAAAGUACUUCGAAUUUGCAAAUUUUUCAGCGUAAAUUUCAAGAGUUGAAGAACAAAAACCUGCAGAUUUUGGAGAUGUCAACUUUGGCAAUGAAUGAAAACAGCGGUAGUCCAUAUGAGCAUAAGGUGGACCAAUCAAAAAGCUGGAAAAAUGUCAUGAUUUCGUUGAAGCUAUCCACUGCGUCGCUAAAAGCACAGUUGAGUCCGCCUUCACCGCCACCUCGAGUUUCUCCAUCAAGGUAUCUUAUCAAACAAAGCUUUAAAUAGAACUAUUUGGUGUUGAAGGUCCGAGCCGCCGAUAAUGCACACUGUGAGGACGGUGCCGUCGGCGAGAUCUUUGAGCAUGUGCCAUGUCGAGGAAAGCCACGACGACUCAGAUUCCUCUUCCGACUCGACGCAUUCCGAUUCUGGUAGUAGAAGUUGGCUUCUCGAGCUCUUCCCAGCGAUUAAGUCGUUGCAGACGGCAUCCGACCACAGAGACUGACUGUGAUCCGGAGAUUCGCCUCUGAUGACGAGUCUCUGGCAAUGCGAUCUGAGUCCAUCUCCAUCACUCCGCUUGACAUGGCGCGUCAACGCUCUCUGAGUUCUGUCGCCAUUUUCGACCAGGAUCAGGUGAAAUUUUUGGAGAAAUUUUAAAAUAAGAAGUCAUUUUUGCAUGACUUUCAGCCAGCUGCAAGGAAAGCUCUGUCGAAACUCAAAAGACCAGCUCCCAUCGACGCUCCGCCGACAAGUUGA